CACGCUCACCCUCACCGCCUGCUUACGUAAGCACUCCCGCACUUAUCUAUCUGUUCUUUCUUCUUCUUCUCCCAAAUCCCUAUCCACAUCUUCUGGUCUUCAAGUGGAAUUGUGGGCAGCUACCCUCUUUGAAUCUUACACCUGCCGGCCGGCCGUUUCCCUUCCCUUUCAUCUCUCCUUUCACUUCCCAAUCUAUUUGUUUCCUAACUUCUCCUUUAUCCGUCCUUCUCUUCUGCUUCAGGUUCCCAACAAGUUCGCCGCUUCAUCGCCGUUGCUUCGCAUCUCAUCCCUCCUCCCAUCUUAAUUAUGGUUUAUUUGGAAGAGGUAAUAAGAAAAUAAGCAUAAUUUGGCUGCCACGCUUCAUCUUUUACUAAAAGACUUCUGUUUGGUGAAGAUUCCCCGUUCAAUCCGGGGUCAGCUUCCCCGCGCUCAGUUCCUUCUUACGCAUACUUACUACUUUCAGCUGUAUAAUAUUGGCUUAGUCGGGCGUGUUUGACUUCACCGCCCAACCUGGUGUACUGCUACGUGGCAUCCCCCAUUUUACUACUCUCAACUUUCUUCUCAUCUGCCCCUCAACUUCUUUUGUCUAAAUCUCUGCACUUCAGCUAGCAGGUCAAGGGAAAGGGUCUCCCGUCUCAGGUGUAACUUCUGGGAAUCCAUUAGAACUGGUUUGAUAAAAGACAACAACUCUGCACAAGUUAUUGAACCUCCAUCCACCACUGACCCUGAGGAAGAGCCAUUGCCUGAAGAGUUCAUACUCAUGGAAAGGAGUGAACCCGAUGGAGUCAUCGAGCAAAUUGUUUUCUCUUCUGGGGGUGAUAUUGAUGUUUAUGAUCUAGAAGCGUUGUGUGACAAGGUAGGAUGGCCUAGAAGGCCAUUGACAAAGUUAGCUGCAGCCUUGGAAAACAGCUACAUGGUAGUCACCUUGCAUUCUGUACGAAUAUCACCUGGAUCAGGUACAUAGUCCAAUGUGAAAGAAAAAAAAAAUCAUAGGGAAGCCCUCUCAUGAUCUUGACUGUUUAAGCUUAAAACUAGAGUGUUUCCUCUGGUCUCAAAACUAUUAUGAUGGACAUCUUAGUGUACUUGGCGAAGUUAUUUAACAGAAGAGAAUGACCAGAAGAGACUGAUUGGCAUGGCUCGUGCCACAUCUGAUCAUGCCUUCAAUGCUACCAUUUGGGAUGUCAUCGUGGAUCCUAGCUACCAGGGUCAAGGCCUUGGCAAGGCCCUUAUUGAAAAGCUGAUUAGAGCUCUUCUUCAGAGAGACAUUGGCAACAUAACUCUUUUUGCUGAUAGUAAAGUUGUGGAGUUCUAUCAGAAUUUAGGUUUUGAAGCUGACCCAGAGGGCAUCAAGGGUAUGUUUUGGUACCCCAAAUACCAGUAAUCAUGUUCAGCGUGAGCCGAGUUUGAUUAUUCUGCUUGUGGUAGAAAUGGCUUGUUCGAAGAGGUGAAGAAUGUGGCACCAGCUCAAAGAUGGAUGGCAGCCAGUAGUAACCGUGGAAUCCGAGUCUUUGGACUUCCUGCUUUUUCACGAGAUAAGUAUAUUUGAAGUCAACCGCAGAAGAUGGGAUUGGAGGACCAGGUCAUUGCUGUCAGUUGAACUUUUCUUCUUUUCCUUCUCAUCUGUGAAAUAUACUGCUGCUGGUGUCGAAUGAAGUGCAAGUCUGCCUGUUCCUUCCAUUCUGCUCUCCUGGUUUCAUUGCAGACGGAUGGGGAGACAGCUGUUAAUGGUGCUGCUCGCUCUUGUUACUAUUUUCUCGUCCUCUACCUUUGUUCUGUUUGCUUCAGGACAGCUGCUUCAUCCUUUGGAAGUUACUGCUCUGAAUGCUAUCCGUGGGAGCCUCAAUGAUCCGCAAAACUUUCUCCAGAAUUGGCAGGGGAACAAUCCUUGUGCCUUGAACUGGACUGGUGUUAUUUGCAAUUCAUCCUCUGAUGAUGGCUAUCUCCACGUCCGAGAAUUGCGUUUGAUGAACAUGAGCCUCACUGGAACUUUGGCUCCACAGCUUGGCGAGCUGAACUACACCAUUUACUUGAACUUUAUGUGGAACAGCAUAACUGGCAGCAUACCAAAGGAGAUUGGCAAAAUGAACUAUUUGCAGAUUCUGAUGUUGAGUGGAAACCGGAUCUCAGGUCCUUUACCGGACGAGCUUGGCUUUCUCCCUAACUUAACCAAAUUCCAGCUGGACCUGAACCAGAUAUCAGGGCCGAUACCAAAAACAUUUGGCAAUUUGGAGAAAGUACAGCACUUUCAUAUGAACAACAACUCAUUCAGCGGUCAGCUUCCAAUGGAGCUUUAUAAUUUAUCUGCACUGGUGCACUUGCUGUUGGAUAAUAACAAUUUAUCAGGCUACCUUCCACCAGAAUAUUCUCGGAUGCCAAAGCUGAAGAUAAUGCAACUGAACAAUAAUAACUUCAACGGGACACAGAUUCCAGAUUCAUACGCAAAUUUUUCCACCUUGUUGAAAUUGACUCUGAGGAACUGCAAGUUGCAAGGUCCUGUUCCAGAUCUAAGCACUAUACCUGGUCUUUAUUACUUGGACCUGAGGUCCAACAACUUGACUGGAAGCGUACCAACUAAUAAGCUUGCCAAUACCAUCACUACCAUUGACUUGUCCAACAAUUAUCUCAGUGGACCUAUACCCUCAAGCUUUUCAGGCCUUCCACGCCUUCAAAGAUUGUCACUAGAGAACAAUAACUUGAAUGGCAGUGUUCCCUCCACCAUCUGGCAGAGCGUGAAUUUUAGUGCAGAGGCAACACUCACUUUGGACUUCCAGAACAAUUCCCUGUCAGAUAUUUCAUCCCUCCUAGCUCCACCUGUCAACGUUAGCGUCAGGCUCCAGGGCAAUCCUGUUUGCACAAGUACAGACUCACUGACAAACUUGAUCCAGUUCUGUGGAACGCCCACAACAGAUGCUGAGUCUCCCAAAAUCUCAAAUGGUUCAGUUGAAGGGGGCUGCAAGCCUCAAUCUUGCCCAGGCAGUGGCGGGUAUGAAUAUUUCCCAGCAGCAACCCUCCCUUGCUUUUGUGCAGCUCCUUUCGGAGUUGGGUUGCGGCUGAGGAGCCCCAGCAUUUCAGAUUUUCGCCCUUACCGAGACUACUUCAACAAUUACAUGACUGGCAACCUCAGCAUUGAAUCAUACCAAUUACUAGUGGACUCUUUCCAGUGGGAAGAAGGUCCCAGGCUCAGAUUGCAACUCAAACUCUUCCCGCCACAAAAUGAAACUGAUUUCAAUUUAAGCGAGACUCAGAGAAUUCAGAACAUGUUUUUCAACUUCAAAAUCACUGGUGACAACAUUUUUGGUCCCUACGAUCUGCUCAACUUCACACUCAGUGGAAAUGCGGUUAUAUUUAAUCCUUCUGGAAAGGGAGGAGGGAACAAUGCUUCAAAAGUGGGGAUCAUAUUAGGAGCAGUCUCUUGUGCAAUUGCAUUAGCAGUGGGCAUUGUGGUUGUUUGGCACUUGAAGAAGCGGAGUAAGCAGCAGCAAGUUGCAGGUGGAAGAAAGCCAACUCCAAAGAUAGGAUUGAAGAUAGAAGGAGUGAAGGAGUUUGGAUUUGAGGAGCUGGAGAAGGCAACGAGUGGGUUCAAUGGGAGCACUCAAAUUGGGCAGGGCGGGUACGGCAAGGUUUACAAAGGGGUUUUAGGAGACGGAACGACUGUGGUGGCGAUAAAGCGUGCGAGGCAAGGUUCCCUGACGAGUGAGAAAGAGUUCUUUACUGAGAUUGAGCUCCUCUCUAGGCUCCACCAUCGCAAUUUGGUCUCCUUGCUUGGCUACUGUGACGAACAAGGGGAGCAGAUGCUGGUGUACGAGUACAUGCCAAAUGGUUCAAUUCACGACCUUCUUUGCGGGAGGCAUGAGAAAGCAGCAAGCUUAGGGACGAGGCUGACCAUAGCGUUGGGUGCCGCCAAGGGGAUUCUGUACCUUCAUGCGGAAGCAGACCCGCCGAUCAUCCACAGAGACAUCAAGGCCAAUAACAUUCUGCUCGACUCCAAGCUCACGCCUAAAGUCUCGGAUUUUGGCAUCUCUAGGCUCGUCCCCAAAACAACGGACGACGAGACUGAUGAUGGAUAUGGAUCAUACGGGGAGUCAAGUUCAGCUCCCAUUUCCACUGCUGUCAAAGGAACUCCUGGAUACGUGGAUCCAGAGUACUUCAGGAGCCACAAGCUAACAGAGAAGAGCGACGUAUACAGCAUGGGGAUAGUGUUGUUGGAGCUGGUUUCUGGGAUGCAGCCCAUUUCUCAUGGCAAGAACAUUGUGAGGGAGGUUUCGUUGGCGUGGGAGACUGGGAUGAUGGAGUCGAUAGUGGACCGGCGACUGGGCCCAUCUUACCCGAGAGGGUGCGCCUACAAGUUUAUGGGCCUGGGCCUAAGGUGCUCCCACGACGACCCUAAGGCCCGGCCUACCAUGUCCGAGGUGGUCAGGGAGCUGGAGGAUCUCUGCUCGUCGAUGACAUCAUCUGACGGUCAGCUGGAGGAGGGCGAUGUCGCCGGAGGGAAAUGGAGCUAUGGGUCGGCGCCUGCCAUGCGAUCGGGCAACUAUAGAGGCGGGGACAGUAGUAGCAGUGGCGGCGGUGGUGACACGUUAACGUUUGUUUCCUCUGCUUCAGCUGGCGGUGGCUUCCCUGACCGUGGGAGUGAUCUUGUUAGUGGGGUCAUUCCCACCAUUCGACCUCGUUAGUCUCUGCGUUUCCUUGGCUUCCUUUGAUCUUUCGUUUUACUCUGAAGUUGGUCGAAUAGUCACUUUGAUCGUGCUUACGUGCUUGUUUGGAUUUGAUGGUAUUGAUUACACUUGCACUUGUUAAUAAAUAACAAAAUAGUGAGUGCUGUUGUGAUUUAAUCGAGACGAGUAAGGACAAGGAAUAUACGUUUGUGGCGGGCGACUGACGAGGGGCGGGCGGCCAGCACAAUUCACAAGUUUGCGUUUAGGGGAGGCUCUGUUUUGCUCCUCCGGUUCUAGUUCUGGAUAAAAUUUCUCCACAACCAAACAAAAAGACGAGUAGAAAUGAAGAUGUCUUCAAUGGAAUUGCAUGUGCCAGUAGUUGUUGUCAUGAAUAGGAUACAUUAAUUGUUUUGUCCUUGCCUCGGUAGUGGAUCUUCGUGGCAAGGCAAACCAGAGAUUGAUUACCAUUCUUAUCUUUUUCCAGAGUCGUUAUGAGAGGAUGUGUAUAGCAGAGGCUAACAAUAACAUACAUGGUAUGAUUGUUGUUCACCAGUACCAGGCGCCGCCGCUGUCAACAACAACUGAACAACUGGUGGGUGCAUUAGUUGCGGUGAAGAAUCAGUUGAUUGAUCCAAUGGGACAUCUUCACAAUUGGAAUAAGGAGGGGGACCCUUGUACUUCCAAUUGGACUGGUGUCUCGUGCUUCGAUGCAAUCGGUAGCGAUGGAUAUCUUCAUGUUAGGGAGCUGCAGCUUCUCAACAUGAAUCUCUCUGGUGUUCUGGCCCCUGAGCUUGGCCUGCUCUCUGGUCUCCAGAUAUUGGAUUUCAUGUGGAAUCAACUGAGUGGUUAUAUACCCAAAGAGAUAGGAAACAUCUCGUCUUUGAAACUCCUGCUAUUGAAUGGGAACAAACUAUCCGGUCCACUGCCUCCUGAGCUAGGCUAUUUGUCCCAUCUAAAUAGACUCCAAGUGGACGAGAAUGAGAUCUCAGGUCCAAUCCCAAAAUCAUUUGCCAACUUGAGCAGUGUGAGACACCUGCACAUGAACAACAACUCAAUCAGUGGUCAAAUCCCAUCUGAGCUUUCCCAAGCAUCGAGCCUCUUGCAUUUGCUGUUGGAUAACAAUAACUUAUCUGGAUAUCUUCCAUCAGAACUGUCAAACUUGCCAGUCUUGCGUAUACUUCAGCUUGACAACAACAACUUCAAUGGAUCUCACAUCCCAGUUACGUACAGCAACAUGUCAAGACUACUGAAAUUGGAUCUGAGCCAGAAUAGCCUUGUUGGACCUUUACCAGCAGAACUUUCUGAUAAUAUGAGAGCUAUGUCAGUUGAAUAUAAUAUGUUGACUGGUUUUGUUCCAACUACAAUCUGGCGGAAUAUCUCGUGGGGUUCAUCUGCUAGGCUAAUGCUGCUGCAAGGCAAUCCUAUCUGCAAGAACGCUAAUAUAGCAAACAUUGGCAAAUUCUGUGAAUCUGGUGUUGGAGUGGGAGAUUGGACUGCUAUUGAAAGGUCUUCAACAAUGUCCAGCAUAAGCUGUCCAGUCCAGGCAUGCCCUACCGAUGAUUUCUUCGAAUAUGUCCCAUCAUCACCUUUGCCGUGUUUUUGUGCUGCGCCUCUUAGAAUUGGCUACCGACUUAAGAGCCCCAGUUUCUCAUUUUUCCGGCCAUACCUUGUCGAAUUUGUGACCUACAUAACCAGUUCUCUUGGGUUGGAGCUCUAUGAGUUAUCGAUCGAUACACAUUCCUGGGAACAAGGUCCCCGUUUGAGAAUGUAUCUGAAGAUUUUUCCUGCAUGGGAUAAUGCUACACACUCGAGUGCAUUUAAUUUAUCAGAAGUUCAACGAAUAAGGGGUAGGUUCACAUCAUGGCGCUUCGCUGGUAGUGAUCUGUUUGGACCAUAUGAGCUGCUCAACUUCACUCUACUUGGACCUUAUUCUCAGACCUCAGUAGCAUCCAUGAAAAUAGAUGGGGUAAGAGACUUCAGUUUCAAAGAAAUGGCUGUGGCUACCGACAACUUCAGUAGCUCGAGUGAAGUUGGUCGAGGGGGGUAUGGGAAGGUGUACAAAGGCAUUUUAGCAGACGGAACAGUGGUGGCCAUAAAACGUGCUGAAGAAGGUUCUUUGCAAGGACAGAAGGAGUUUCUGACUGAGAUUAAGUUAUUGUCUAGACUGCACCAUAGAAAUCUGGUUUCCUUGAUCGGUUACUGCGAAGAGGAAGGGGAACAGGUAGGUAGAAGCAAGGAGAGAGUACUGAACUUUGGGAGGAGGGUAAGCGUGGCAUUGGGGUCAGCAAAGGGCAUAUUGUACCUUCACAGGGAAGCAAACCCUCCAGUGUUCCAUAGAGACAUCAAGGCCACCAACAUACUAUUGGACACAAAGCUGACGGCCAAAGUAGCUGAUUUUGGCCUCUCCCGCCUAGCACCUGCACUGGAAGAUGACGAGGAGCCUGCAGGCAAUGCGGCCAACCAUGUUUCCACCGUAGUAAGGGGAACGCCGGGAUACCUUGACCCAGAGUACAUGCUGACGCACAAGCUUACUGACAAGAGUGACGUGUACAGCUUUGGGAUUGUGCUGCUAGAGCUGCUGACGGGGAUGCAACCCAUCUCCCACGGGAAGAACAUAGUGAGGGAGGUGAAGAUGGCGUACAGUUCGGGGAUGAUGUUCUCCAUCAUAGACAGCAGAAUGGGUUCAUACCCUUCCGAAUGCGUGGAGAGGUUGGUGAGCCUGGCCCUUAGAUGCUGCAACGAGAGGCCCGAGACGAGGCCUCCCGUGGCAGAGGUCGUCAGGGAGCUGGAGGUCAUCGUCAAGAUGAUGCCUCCUGCUGAAGCUGCUCUCGCUGUUGCCGAUUACGUCGACGAAGACCGGCCUUCGGAGACUGGGGUUUCGGGUUCAAGUUGUACAGUCGAGGGGCCAUCAUCAUCAUCAGCUUCAGCUGCAUUUUACACGAGCAGCAGCAACGGUGGGGGAGUCGGUGAGCGGCCAUCUCUGCUUAGUGUGUCGGGGAGUGAUUUGAUGAGUGGAGUAGCUCCUACCAUAACUCCUCGGUAGCUCUUCGCUCAAAUGGUUGGUGUACUAGGCAGAAACAGGUUGUUUGUUUAUAUGUAUAGUCAAACAGUUAUUAGUAAAAGGGAACAAUGUACAGCCGGUAGGGGUGAAGUUUGUAUUUUGUUUCUUCUUAUCUGAGUUUUACUUCAAAUUUUGCAUACAUACGGAUACACUAUAGAGGCAGGUAGAGCAAUGUACAUUACCUAUCUUUUUCAUCACUUGACAAAGGUCGAAUGGGAUUACCAUUUGCAGACCAAAUAGAAGAAAAUAAGGCAAGAAAGGAAUGAAACAUUUCUU